CGGUCUUGCUGGUGUGAUAGAGAAUCUUUGCCAAAGGGUUCAAGAAAGGGACAAAAGCCUCGACCGGAUUAGGGUUAAAGUAAAAAAGAAUAUCGACAGAAUCAACGGCUCCGAUUCAGAGCCGCCAUAUAUAAUUGCCGUUUUUCUUCUUCUGCGGAGUAUAAAUUUGAUCCUUUCAUCAGCCAUUUCUCACGCACACACAAGUCGUAGCCAACCAUGUGUGGGAUUCUCGCCGUCCUUGGGUGCAUCGACAGCUCCCAAGCGAAACGGUCCCGUAUCAUCGAACUCUCUCGCAGAUUGAGGCAUAGAGGCCCUGACUGGAGCGGCCUGCAUUGUUACGAUGAUUGCUUUCUUGCUCAUGAGCGUUUGGCCAUUGUUGACCCGACAUCUGGGGAUCAACCUCUCUACAACGAAGACAAGACAGUCGUUGUCACGGUAAAUGGGGAGAUAUACAACCACAAGCUUUUGCGUGAAGAGCUAAAGCUAAAGUCACAUCAGUUCCGUACUGGUAGUGACUGUGAAGUAAUUGCUCAUCUGUACGAAGAACAUGGAGAGGAAUUUGUUGACAUGUUAGACGGCAUGUUUUCGUUUGUCCUUCUUGAUACCCGUGACAAAAGUUUUAUUGCUGCUAGGGAUGCCAUCGGUAUCACUCCACUCUACAUUGGAUGGGGUCUUGAUGGUUCCGUCUGGUUUGCAUCUGAGAUGAAAGCACUCAGCGAUGAUUGUGAACAAUUUAUGUGUUUCCCUCCCGGCCACAUCUACUCGAGUAAACAAGGAGGGCUUAGAAGGUGGUAUAACCCCCCAUGGUACACUGAGCAGGUUCCUUCAACACCAUACGAUCCACUAGUUCUCCGCAAUGCUUUCGAGAAGGCAGUUAUAAAGAGAUUGAUGACUGAUGUGCCCUUUGGGGUCCUUUUAUCGGGAGGAUUAGACUCAUCCCUUGUUGCUUCGGUGGCAUCACGCUACUUGGACAAGUCAGAAACUGCUCUUCAAUGGGGUUCACAGUUGCAUACAUUUUGCAUUGGUUUGAAGGGUUCCCCGGAUCUGAGGGCUGGAAGAGAAGUCGCUGAUUAUCUUGGAACCCGCCACCACGAGCUUCACUUUACAGUUCAGGAAGGGAUAGAUGCUAUAGAAGAGGUUAUUUACCAUAUUGAGACAUAUGAUGUGACUACUGUAAGAGCCAGCACCCCGAUGUUUCUUAUGUCGAGGAAAAUCAAAUCUCUAGGUGUAAAGAUGGUUCUCUCUGGGGAAGGUUCAGAUGAAAUUUUUGGAGGAUACUUGUACUUCCACAAAGCACCCAACAAAAAGGAACUCCAUGAGGAAACAUGCCGAAAGAUCAAAGCUCUUCAUCAAUAUGAUUGCUUGAGGGCCAACAAAGCAACUUCGGCAUGGGGUGUUGAGGCUCGUGUACCCUUCUUGGAUAAAGAAUUCUUGAAUGUUGCUAUGAGCAUUGAUCCCGAGUGGAAGAUGGUCCGACCAGACAUUGGAAGGAUUGAGAAGUGGGUUCUACGCAAUGCCUUUGAUGACGAGCAACAUCCUUACCUACCAAAGCACAUUCUUUACAGGCAGAAAGAACAGUUCAGUGAUGGAGUUGGGUACAGCUGGAUUGAUGGUCUGAAAGACCACGCAAACAAACAUGUCUCUGACACUAUGUUGAUGAACGCAAGCUUUGUCUUCCCCGAGAACACACCUAAGACAAAAGAAGCAUAUCAGUACAGAACCAUCUUCGAGAAGUUCUUCCCUAAGAGUGCUGCAAGGGCAACCGUGCCAGGAGGUCCAAGUGUGGCAUGCAGCACGGCUAAAGCCGUGGAGUGGGAUGAAGCUUGGUCAAAGAAUCUCGACCCAUCUGGCCGAGCCGCUCUGGGGAUUCACGUUGCUGCUUACGACGACGAAAAAGCCAAUCCUUAGAAGCUACAAGGAGCUGCAGAGAAAACUGCAGGUGUUGUUUUAGGGAUUCCCCAAGAAAUUUCUCUGAAUCUUGAAAAAAAAGGUCUUUUUCCCUUGUGGGUUUUCUUGUAGAAUGCAUCCGUGAAACUGGGUUGUGGUUUUAGUGGAAGGUCGAAGCAACAAGAAAGAAAGAGGAUGGAUAUUGCAAAGGCUCGACACUGCCCCCGUACAUGUAUUUACGUUUCUGCUUAGUUUCUCGUAAUGUGAACGCUGUUUGAUGAAUCUUGAAUUUGUUUUAUCAA